UGCCUCAUCAGUGGUGUCGGCGUUGUUCAGUCGAGUGAAGGUUCCUCUGAUGUCGGGACAGAGAGCGUGGCUUUAAUCUCCUCAGCCAAUCAGACGUCAGGCCUCCCAGGACGCGGCAGCAGCAGCAGCAGAUAACGACGCAGUGUGUUUGUUGUGUGUUUGUUUCUGCCACGGCGGAGCUUUGAUGGAGAGACGACGACGGAGAGAUUUGAACGCACCAUUAGCAGAAGAGAGAAAGACGGAGACGGCGUUAGCUUCAGGGUGGCAGAGAAGACACAAACACCGCCGACGUUUUCCCGCCGUCUGCUGCCAUCAUUGCAGCGAGGAAAAAAUCUUAUCUUUCAACCCAAUUUCUGGAGGAGACGCAGAUGUUGGAGAAACAGAUGUUUCCACCAGAACACCAGCAGCUCCUCUGAAAAAACAUUCCCAACUAAAAGGCACGUCUUUAAAAGUUUUAUUUCUAAAUCAGCCAACCGAAACAUGAUGCAUCGUUUUUACAAACACCUCUGAUCUGGGUAUUUACACUGUAAAAUAACGGUGUAAUGUUUUUUAUUUUUUACAGUGGAAGUGUUUACAGCAGCAGAACACCUUAGUCUCUCCUAAUGUUAGCAGGAUUAGCUUAGCCCAGCCUUGUUGAAGACCUGAAAAUAAACCAUGUACCAGUGCACUACUAACAUGAGCUAACUGCUGUGUGUUAGCACACAGCUGACACGUCACUUAUUAGCUAAAAUAGCUACACUAAACACACCAGACACUAACUUGCUAAUGGCGGAACCUGUUUGUACUAAGAUUAUAAUUCAGAUUAUUGAUUAGACCGUAGAAGAAUGACUGAGAAUAAUGUGUUUACAGUUAACACGUAACUGCGCUGAAAAUUUAAAUAAAGUUAAAAUGCUAAUGGUAGUAAAUAAAUACUUGUGUUAAGAAUUCAACCAAACUGGUAUGACACCGCUGCCCCCAGUGGCUGUGGGUUAGUCCUUGUGGAAUUUUCUUCAUUAACAUUUUUUUUUCUUGCUGAUAUUUUUAGGCUGCAGCUUCACCCUCUCACCCCAGGCCUCUGAUGUGACAUUUUUCUGGAACGUGAAAGUCCCGGGGCCAUGAACGCAUCACAGUGUGACCUGUCGUCUCCCGUGACCGAGUGAAGGAUUAAAAGGUUGAAAUUUUUCAAGAGACAGGAAGUGCCUUAUCUGACUUCCUGUCCACAGAGAUGUGACAGUUUAAAAGGCGCCCGUCACACACGUCGCAUCAGGCAGAAAAUUACCCCCAAAUAUAAACUGACCCUGAAGAAGGAGGGAGGAGGAGGAGGAGGAGAAAAAGAAGGAGGGUGAAGAGGAGGAGGAGGAGGAGGAGGACGGACAAGGGCAGAGGUCAGGAGAAAAGGUUAGAGAACAACAAAACCAUGAAAUAUGUUACAAAUGUGGCGUCACAUGGUAGAAGGACGGUUAAUACUCCUGCCGUAGAGCAACAAGGUCACAGGUUUGAUUCCUCACUGCUGCUCUUCCCGUUUGCAUUUCUGUGUAUUUUCAUUCUAAACUGACCACAGGUGUGAAUGGUUGUUGAUAUUUCACCCAGUGGUGGAGGGCUGCAAGCCCGCCCUCACCUGAUGACUUCUGGGAUUAACUCCAGCUCCACUCUCAAUCCUCAAUCAAGAAUAACACGAUUAAAUGUAACAAAUGUAACAAACCGAACUGUGAGGAGUUUAAAUCCCAGAAACUCCCUGAGUCUGAACCUGGUCCCGAUGAAGACAAACAUCAGGUCAGUGCUAAGACCCAGUCCAGGUCCAGACAAAGACAGGAACAGGAACACGUGACCCAGACUUCAGUUGUUCACUCUGUGUCAUCCUGACUCACAUGCACCAGAGUUUUAGCUCCAGUCUUAGUCUCUGUGCUGGUCUGUAGACCUGACCUGGAGGAUCUGCACAGGACGCUGUAGCUGACCUGUGAUCCUGUCUGGACCAGGUCCUGAAGCUCAUAGUCCACAUCUGUCAGCAGCACCAUCAGACCAGGUGACCAUGUGACCAGGUGACCAGGUGACCAUGUGACCGCUGACUGUGGAGCUGCUCCAGGUCUUUAUAAAAGAAUCAUAAAGAAUAAAGAGCAGAAAACCAGAACUGUUGGUUUUCAGGCUGUGGUGAAAAGAAAAGGGUCGUGACCCCGUGAUGAACUCAGAAAUAAAUGUCUUUUUAAGUUUGGGAGUGAAAACAAUGGACGUCUUUGUCCUUCUGUCUGAUAAACGUUUGACUUUGACUGGAUCUUCAGGAGGUGGACCGAGUUUUCUGGUAUUUGGGUUUGUAUAUUAGUCCUGUGUGUGUGUGUGUGUGUGUGUGUGUGUGUGUGUGUGUGGUCUUCUUACAUCAUCACUCCCCUCUUUAUUUCACUCUCGUCUCCGCGGCUCCUUCACUUCAGCAGCGGGAGCCGCAGCGCCAACAUGCGGACAGAGAGCAGUGAGGUUCGGGCUCCGCAGGUCUGUGAGACCGUGGAGGUUCUGGCCUGAGAGCCGGGUCAUGGACAGUGUUGGUGGAGGUGCGGGACUCUGUGUGUGUGACCCUGCAGCCCUGCAGAGCUGGGACUGUCUGGACUAGUGUAGGACUGGCGUCAGCUGGUGCCGGUGCGUCUGUGCGCUCUGACGCCGACUUGGAUUUAGUUCUGGAUCAGUUUUUAUUGAGUUUGGAGUAGGAUUUCCACUGGACCCUGACCCUGCGCGGAGCCAGGACGCUCAGAGGACAUGGAUCAGCCCUGUUGCUGGUUGACGGUUCUGGUUCUGCUUUUUUGUCUGGGCGUCAGGAUCGAGCAGGGCGCGUGCCAACACUUCUACCUGCUGCGUCCCAUUCCCAGCGACUCUCUGCCCGUGCUGGAGCUGAAGGAGGACCCGGACCCGCAGCUGGACCCCAAGGAGAAGGACCUGAACGAGACCGAGUUGCGGAGUAUACUGGGAAACCACUUUGACCCUCUCUACAUGUCCGUGUCCGCGCCCGAGGACAGACCCGCGGGGGGCGAGGACGCGCCGUGGAGCGACGCCGAGCUGCGGCAGAAACUCACGGCGAUGCCCAAAGAGAUCCGAGCCAUGGAGUUCGAGCUGCAUCCCUGGAAGAAGCAGAAGCCGAGCAGGAAGCUGCGGAGGAAGCUGCAGCUCUGGCUCUGGUCCUACGCUCUGUGCCCAGUGGUCCACGCCUGGACCGACCUGGGGAUUCGGUUCUGGCCCCGCUACGUCAGAGUGGGCAGCUGCUCCACAAAGAGGUCCUGCUCGGUACCGGAGGGGAUGAUGUGCAAACCGGCCAAGUCCAUGCACGUCACUGUGCUGCGCUGGCGCUGCCUGAACAGAAGGGGCGCUCUCAGGUGCAUCUGGAUCCCGGUACAGUACCCCAUUAUCUCUGAGUGCAAGUGUUCGUGUCCCAACUGACACCGGGUUUUUUUAUACUUGUAAGAAAACAUGAACGUUAAAUGUGACGUUGUCGACUGGUCUGUAAGAUUCAACUCCGAACGCCUUCUCACAAACUCAACAGCGCCACCAGUAACCAUAAGCUAGGACUUUAAAAUGUUUCCAUGGACACAAACAGAUUUUGUGUAAAAAUGGAGCCAAGGUUUGACAUCCACCUUCAUCGCCGUCACAUCCUCACAGUAACGAUGGACCAAUCAGCAUGCUGCCCCCUAGUGUUCAUGUUUUGUAGCUUUUACGUCGAGACAAACAUGGCCAACGUCCAUGAAUUAGGAACGGCCCAAAUGUUGGGUGUACAGUUACUGAUGUAAGAACACCAGGGACAACAACGCUGCCCCCUGUAGGUGCACACUGCAGUGUUUACGAAAUAUGGCAAAGCCUUUUUGGGAUAAAUCCAAAUGCAUUGAACACGGGACGAUGACAUCAUCCUCACUCUACUUUCCAACUUCAGCGGUCCACAUCUGGAAUCCAGAAGGUUGUCUACCAACGUCAAACAAACUUCAAACAAACUUCAAACAAAGCUGGCCCCACAGUUGGGAUGCCCUUCGAGGAACAGUGGAACCAAUGAGAAGCCCAAGGGCAUCAGAGUGAAGGCCCCUGCUGGAGUGAAGGGGUAUUGCCAAAAAGCUUGGUGCAACUCCAAACCUCACCAACAAAAAGUUUGAGCUAAAUGUUGUUGUUGUUGUUGUUGACAAAACACCUCUUAAAGGGACAGUACAAACCAUUCAACAGGAAGUGUCUUCUUCAUCUGCAGUUUCUUCACCGGGAGGAAGAAGAGGAGAGUGGGAAUUCUGCCUCCUUCCAAACACGGGAAUUCUUUUAUAGUAUUAUUUUUAUACGCAGUGACUUCACACAGAUUCAAAGAUAUUUACGUGGGAAUUUACAUUUGAGGAAACGCGUAUGAUGUAUGUUUUAUACAGUACAGGAUGUAUAUUUGAUGUAUAUGUUUUUUUUUAUUUGAUGACUUUGUACAAAUGAAGGUCAGUGUCACGAGUUAAUAUAAUCAGCUUCAAGUAUUUAUGACAUUUAAAGUGAUUUCUGUGGAAAUAAGAAAUGAAACCGUUGAGGCGUUCAGUGACGUCAAGUGUAAAAUAAAAAGGGACAAUGCUGCUUGAUGAACAACAUAACCUCAGACUCUGUCAUUUUUAUUAUUUCCUCGUGAAGAUAUUUAUUUUUCAAUUCGUCGUCUUUUUAAAACAAAUAAAAAUUCUAAACUAAAUGUCACCUUUAAUUUCAUAUUUAAAGGACAAUUCAACGUUUGUUUGACAUGGUGUUGUGUGCAAAGCUUAUACUCAGUGUUCUGUGAGCGCCCCCUAUUGCCUAACCACAACUUUAACCCCAAUAAAUUCUU